AGGGGCUUGGAGGAAGGAAAAAGGGAAAGGGGGUGAGAAAAGGGGAGAUGUGUGCUGAAUUCGACGCUGGGUGUGUCCAGACUUUUUUACACAUUCCCCAAAAACUCCCGCUCCGUGUCUUUAAGCCGUUCUCCAGAGGGCCACCAUGUUGGUGCUGGGUGGAAUCAUUUUUCUGCACGUUUCGACCAUCAUCCUGCUGCUGGUGGCCACCAUCGACAAUGCCUGGUGGGUCACUGAUACCGUGUCAACAGACCUGUGGGGCACAUGGGAGCUCAAAAGCUCAGAGUGGCGUUACUCCAACCUCAAGACCUCUCCUAAUGAGUUCCAUCAGUCGGUGCAGGCGAGCGCAGUGCUGGCCUGCAUCUUCUCCAUCCUGGCCUUGUUUGUGUUCGUGGCUCAGCUGUUCACCCUCCCGAAGGGCCAACGGUUCACGUUCACGGGCAUUUUGCAGCUAAUCUCCUGUCUGUGCGUGAUGAUCGCUGCGUCGGUCUACACUGCGGAGCUUCACGCCGGCGACAAUGGCAGCUAUGGCCACGCCUACAUUCUGGCAUGGAUCUCCUUCGUCCUCACCUUCCUGUUGGCGCUCACCUACCUCAUCCUGCGGAAAAAGAGCGAGUGAGGUGGAAAAAAAGAAAAAAGGAUGGCAGCACCGCAUUCCUCUGAAUGGAACGUAAGGAACAGGAUUUACUGGCUGCAGAUCCCGUCUGGUAAAAACACCCGUAGUAGUCAGGAACGCAAGAACACGUUUCCAUCCGAUCCAGAGCCAAGUUUUGAUUUAAGGUUUUGGAAUGACUGACUUAAAAUGUGCAGCUUUAAAAAAAAAAAAAAAAGUAAACUUAAACCUAAAUAUUCAUUUCUGUCUGUUUCCCAGACAGAUUUAAUGUUUCUUAUAUCCUCCAAAAUAACUGUGUGAUGUUUAGUUAACUGAUAAAAAUCUUUUUUUUUCUAGUUUAGAAGAUAUUUCUACUAAAAUGAGAUGGGAGUUCUCUCAGUUUCAAGUUAGCAGCUUUUAUUUUGAAAGUUUUCUUGGUUGAUAAAAUAAAAGCCCCAAACACCAAAAGGGUCAUUGAAAUAUGCAAAAACUUAAGGGGUAGUUUAGUUACAAUAUAUAGUCAGAGGCUGAAAUCCUUUAAUCAAUAAACAAAAAAAAAGCCUGAAGAGAGUAGUUAGUUUUUAUUAAUGGGCAUUUGUUUUUGUUUUUUACAACUGACAUCAAAUGUAUGCUUUCUAUUUUAUGUCCAUUGUAACCUUUAUUUUGUAGUUUUUUGUUUUACUGUGUGUGAUUUGUGCCUCUGUGCUGCUAUCAUAAGAAAUGUUCAGGUGAGCAUGAAGAGAUGCAGAGGAGAGCAGCACUGUGUCAUUCACCAUAACUAUGCAUGUGAGCGGCCGUUUCAUUGGAAGUUACGCCGUUUUUACUAAUAAAGCUAAUUCUAACU